UAUAUGCAAUUGGAAAGCAAGCAGAAAACACAGAAAGCGAAAAUGGCGAGCAGGAGGAACGUCUGGCUCCUGAGGAUCGUUCUCUUCCUCUUCGCUCUCAACUCCAUUUCACUUUGCGUUUACUUCGCUUCCCACUCCAAAUCCUCUGCCUCCUCCAUCCCCAACCUCCACCAUAACUACCAUAAUCCUCGUAUUAACCGUCUGCGGUUCCGCAACAAGCUCAAGUCUUGGCCCAUCUUACCCUCCUACCUUCCCUGGUCCCACCCACCCACUAACACUGGCUCUUGCGAGGCCUACUUCGGCAACGGCUUCUCUCUCCGCCUCGAUCUCAUCUCCCCAGCGGCGAAUCCCCGCGGAUGGUUCCGCUGCUGGUACAGCGAGACCCUUCGCAGCUCUGUGUGCGAGGGAGGGAGUCUUCGGAUGGUCCCAGCGAGGGUCGGGGUCUCCAAGGGAGGGGAGAUGUUAGACCAGGUGAUCGGGAGGCGUGAGGAGGACGAGCUUCCCAAAUUCCAAAACGGUGCUUUCGAGGUCGACGGAGGAGUUGGGUUUGAGGGUCCGCCACGGAGACUCGUCGACGACGAGUUCCUCGAUCGGUACGUGCCGCAGGGGGAGAUCCUGAUUCAUACCAUGCGGGCUCUGAUCGGGUCUGUUCGUGUCGUCGCGGCGAGCGAGUUCGAGUGCCAAGAGUGGAUUGAGGAGCCUACGCUACUGGUGACGCGCUUUGAGUAUGCGAACCUUUUCCACACUGUCACAGACUGGUACAGCGCAUAUGUCUCUUCAAGGGUUACAGGAUUGCCCAAUCGACCUAGAUUGGUUUUCGUGGACGGCCACUGUAUGACAUCUUUGGAAGAAACAUGGAAAGCAUUGUUUUCUAGCCUUCGAUAUGCGAAGAACUUUAGUGGUCCAGUUUGCUUUCGCCAUGCUAUUCUCUCACCUUUGGGAUAUGAGACUGCUUUAUUUAAGGGGCUCACUGAAGAAAUAAAUUGUCAUGGAGCAUCUGCACACGACCUAUGGCAAAAUCCUGAUGACCGGAAAACUGCUCGAUUAUCUGAAUUCGGGGAAAUAAUCAGAGCUGCUUUUGGGUUUCCUGUACAUAGACACCGUGUUGAAAAGCCAGUCUCUGGUCUUAAUGUCCUCUUUGUUCGACGUGAAGAUUAUUUAGCUCAUCCUCGACAUGGUGGUAAAGUUGAAUCAAGGCUUAGCAAUGAAGAAGAAGUGUUUGAUUCGUUAAAAACAUGGGCAUAUAAUAAUGACUCGUGCAAAAUAAACCUUGUCAAUGGAUUGUUUGCACACAUGCCCAUGAAGGAGCAAGUCCGAGCCAUUCAAGAUGCUUCGGUAAUUAUUGGAGCACACGGUGCAGGUCUGACUCAUUUAGUAUCUGCAAUGCCAAAAACUGUGGUUCUGGAGAUUAUUAGCAGCCAGUAUCGACGGCCACAUUUUGCAUUGAUAGCCAAGUGGAAAGGGUUGGAGUAUCAUGCAAUUAAUCUUGAUGGAUCAUAUGCCAAACCGGAAAUAGUUAUUGACAAACUUAGCGGCAUACUGAGGAGCCUUGGAUGCUAAAAAGUAUUAGCUUAAUCUUGUUAUGUGGAAGUGGAAGUGAUAGAGAUUAGUCGCUGCUUUCAGCAUCUGUUUGUAUGCCAUCAUUAGAUCCAAUUACCCUUUCGUGGAGUAUGAGCUUUACUUGCUUCUACUACUGUUACAAGUUUCGAUUGGACUCUUAAACUGAAGAGAUAGUUAAGAUGGUUACAGGCUAUCUGCGGUCAACUCAAAAGAGGCUGCUUAUGCCAUCACCAUGAAGAGAUAAGAGCCUCGGCCUAAAAUUAAGGAUUUGGGAUUUUUUUCUUCCAAUUCAGCGGACAGUUGUAAUUUAUAGGUGGAUGGAUUGUACACUGCAGGUCCGGUAUGUUGUCUCUUUGCAUACAUAAUUGUUUUCUCCCUGCCAGCGCCAUUGGGGAAGUGGCUAAUGGGAGUCAUAAUUUUGCCUGUAUACUGAUUCUUUCUCACUUAGACGAGUUUUUUUGUUGUACAAUAGACUUGUGCACUAUCUAAUUUCAUUCAAAAUUCUUUGAAAUAUCUAUAUACACUCACUUGGUUUUAGAUUGAGAUGAAUCUUCUAUAUACUUGUUUUAGCAAUAGGUUUUGUUCUCUACAGUACUGCAUAUGGUAUUGGACUCACCUCGUUUUUAUUGAGAUUAAAUAUUUUCCAGACUUAUUUUAGGGGAAGUAUAGUUUCCAUAGUCAUGAAGAAGAAGGUGGCAGAUUAUCUAUUAUGCGAGGAGUCAUCAAGGAGAGCAGUCACUGUUCUAUUUGAUUUCAGACUUUAGUGACCAUCAUGUUUCUGUCAAUUAAAAACUUGCUGCAUCGAGUUGUAUAACAAUCUUAGCAUAUAUCUCAUAUUAACUCUAGUAUUACCUCACGAUCAAUGGAAAUAUUGGCCUGCAAGCAAUUGUGAUGGAGUUAGGCACCCAUCGUUCUAUUCUGUAUGAGAAAUUUUAUUUCAUCCUGUUUCUUUGCUUGCAAGGAUUGCAUAAAUUGGUUGAGACGUGCUGAUUAACUAUCAAGAAUCAUCAUGAUGGAAAGUUUAAUUGCAGACACGAUGACAUUGCAUAUAUACAUAUACCUCAAAUUCAUUGGCUGAACAAGUUGUGUAGCCAUCCGAGGAUUCAUUCGUGAAGUAGUUGUGAUUCUGUAGCGUAUGUUGGUUUAAAGCGAACAUGGGUUUUAUGGUCUCAUCGAGAGGGGUCUAGCGUCAACCAAGGAGGGGCCCCAAGUUGGUUGUGGUACCAAGCCAACACAACACAUGCUCUACAACUUCGGCCCCCAAGUUGCAGAUAUUCGGACGACUAUGAAUAUAAGUAGUAAACAUUUGCGUUAAAACUUGAUAAAUCUAAUCGACUUGAUUGUUUGUAA